UCACACUGUUCUGAAACAAAAUGCUUCGAAACCAAAACGCAGAGUAGCGAGAGUUCCCAUUUCCCAACGGCAAUGGCGAAAACCCUGAAACCCUAGCCUAAAACCUUUUCGUACCAUUUAUCUGCUAUCUUCACGAGCCACGACGCCAUGGAAUUCGAUCAUUACCUCUCGGAGCUUUCCGCUUCCUCGCCAUGCAUUCCCUCCGGCGAGGACUUCCAUUUCUAUUACAAAUUCGGCGAAUUCCGACGCCCGAUCGAAGAAAUCGCGAGGAGGACGCACUCGAUGCUCGACACAAUCGGCGCUGCCGAGCAUAUAUGGGGCAGAGGCACGACAUUUCCCAGUGACAUCGAUGACGCGUACGAAUGGCUCGUGAAUGCGAACGAAGACGUUUUGGAGCUGGUUGAGGAGUUGGUGGAUGAGUUGCGGAAGGUUGCGAAGGUGGAGGAAGAGGAUUGUGAAAACGGGUUCGGGUCGGGUUGUGUGAAGAGGAGAAAGGAGUUCAUUGACCCGGUGAAUAGAGUUGAUAGCGAGAUGUUGGGGGCGAAGCCUAAGGUACCGUUUCAUAUACCAACGAUUACGAAGCCGCAGUAUGCACACAACAUUGUGGUUAAUAAUGCAAGCCAGCCUUUUCAGCAUGUUGGGUUGGAGAAGAGUGAUGAUGGUCAGAGGUUUAUUCAUCCACUGGAGAAACUCUCUUUUUUGGAUUUUGUUGAUAAAGUAAAUCUUGAGAAUCUUGAGCCAGUAAAGCCUUCCACAAUAGAGUGCACCCCUUUCAAGCUUGUGGAGGAUGUCAAAGGACUGAAGGAGUUGGCUGCUAAGCUGUCUUCUGUUAAUGAAUUUGCUGUGGAUUUGGAACAUAAUCAAUAUCGGUCUUUCCAAGGUUUGACAUGCUUGAUGCAAAUUUCAACCAGGACUGAAGAUUUUGUAAUAGAUACUCUGAAACUCCAUGUUCAUGUUGGGCCGUACCUGAGGGAAGUCUUCAAGGAUCCUACCAAGAAGAAGGUCAUGCAUGGAGCAGAUCGAGACAUUAUAUGGCUUCAGCGGGAUUUUGGCAUUUAUGUUUGUAAUUUGUUUGAUACUGGCCAGGCCUCAAGAGUGUUAAAAUUGGGGAGAUAUAGUCUGCAAUAUCUUUUGCUGCACUUUUGUGGUGUUGCGGCAAACAAGGAAUACCAAAAUGCAGAUUGGAGAAUCCGCCCUCUUCCUGAUGUGAUGCUAAGAUAUGGCCGUGAAGAUACACACUAUCUGCUUUAUAUAUAUGAUUUAGUGAGGAUCAAAUUAUUUACAUUGUCUAAGGAAUCUGAAGGUUCUGAUAAUCCUCUAGUGGAGGUUUACAAGCGCAGUUAUGAUAUAUGCAUGCAACUAUAUGAGAAAGAGCUUCUGACAGAAAACUCAUACCUUCAAAUAUAUGGGUUGCGAGGGGCUGGUUUCAAUGCUCAGCAGCUUGCUGUUGUUUCAGGGCUUUUUGAAUGGCGUGACAUUCUUGCUCGUGCAGAGGACGAAAGUCCUGGCUAUGUAUUGCCAAAUAAAAUUAUUCUUGAGAUUGCUAAGCAGAUGCCAGUCAUUACAAGCAAUCUACGGCGAUUGGUGGGGAAGUCAAAGCUCCCAUAUGUUGAGCGCAGCCUUGAUAUCAUUGUCAACAUUGUCAGACGUUCUAUGCAAAAUGGUGCUGCCUUUGAAGAAGCUGCACUACGUUUGAAAGAAGAACAUGCGGCAAGUAUUAUAUCUUCCCAUUCCAUUUUGGGCAACAGUGAGAAGUCAAAACAUGCUGUAGAAAUUCCAAGUGUAGCAUAUGAAACAUCAGAUCCACAGAAACCUGUUUCAGGUUUAGUUUCCACCUCCACCCCAGUUGGGACUGUAACGGUAGAUACCGAAUCUGAUUUGGAGGACAUGGUACAGAGUAACCUAGAAAGAUCCAACUAUCGCCAAGGGGAAAAUUCUGUUGUGUCCAGUGUCCACCAGCGGAAAAGAGGGUGAAGAUGAGCCAUUAUCUUGGUCAGCAAUGCCAUGAAGCUUUCCAUUUUGCUUUCAGUCAAACAAUCAAAACUAUAAAGCCAGAGAAGAAUCCAGUGCCGUGCAUCUCUUUCAAUUUUGAAGUGACAAGGAAACAAGUUUAGCUUUGGAAAAGAUGAAAAUGCAUCUUCUCAGAUAGGUGGUACGUGAUUCAGUAGCAAAAAGAAAACUUCAACCAUCAAACGUUGGGGACAAGUUAUUUGAAAAAAUGACUGCAACAAGGUAGAGAAUGUUAGGUAUGUCCAGGUGCGACCUUCUGGUGAUAGAAUGGAAAUAGAUUAGACUGACUAUGUGCUAUGUAUAGAAUUAGAGACAGCAAGAUAUUGCAUUUCAGUCAGGGAGUAUUUGAAUCCAAAUUGAGCAACUUGAAGAUAAUCUAUGUUCCUUUAGUUGAAAUCUAUAAUCUAAAUUUCAUUCAAGUUUGAUCAAGAUACACGUAUUUUAUUUUUUUUUCACU